AUGAACUCAACCCAGCAAUAUGGCUACCACCCAUACCCGUCUCCUUCUCAGACUCAGGCACAAGCACAAACACCACAGCAGCAGCAGGUCCUAUCGCCCCAACAGCAGCAACAAGUUCUGUCACCCCAGCAACAGCAUCAACAGCAAGUUCUCUCACCUCAACAACAGCAACAACAGCUGCCACAAAAUCCUUCGGACGCGUCAUCCCAGCAACAGCAACUCUCUCCUCAACAGUCGCCUCCAUCCCAUCAUCACUCACCUGAAUUGCAACACGCAAGCCAUAUCAACAACCUCAUAGACCGCACUAAUGGUAAUAACAACAGCACCAGCAACAAUAAUGGCAACAACGCCAAUGGUAAUGGUGCUAAUAAUAGCAACAAUAACACCAACGGUAACAAUGGCAGCAACAAUAGCAAUAGCAACAACAGUAUGGAGCAACAGCAUCCACACUCGCCAAGUCAUUCCAAUGACGCGCAAUCGCCUAUUGAUGCCGAAGGUGAAUUGAUCGUCCCCGGUCAAGUAACGAACGGUCAGCAGCAACAGCAGCAGGCUGUUUCGGGGGUUGCAUCAAGCACAAUGCACAGUCCCACAAACUCGAGUCAUGGAGGGGCAUCUGGAACUGGUCAAUCGGGACAUCCAAAUACGCUUGUGCCGAUGCCUUCGCCAGACAUUGAUGCUACUACUGCAGCCAAUACUGCAGCCAAUACAAACUCUUCUGCCAGUCGGCAAAUGAUUUUGCAACAAUAUCAGCAACAUCAACAACACCAAAACCAGUUCAAUAAUAUGGCCAUGUCUAUGGCUAAUUCUACUAAUGGGACAGGUGGUGGCCAUCAUCCUGGGGCAAUCAACACUAUGAUGUCACUUCAAGGUCCUUCUGCUGCCUAUGUGCUUCCAUCACCCCAAUCAGCUGGCGCUAAUGGGCAACCGCCACUUCCACUGCCCGCGAUACCACCUAUGAGUACGGACUUGGACUCGAUCCUGGUCAAGUAUUCGAACCAACCUGAGCUACUCAAAUUAAUCAUCGAAUCCAAGAAAGAAGAAGACCGAAGAUGGGCAGAAGAAGCGCGGUACCGAAUGAUGGAUUUGAUCAUGAGGGGGGAGAAUCGAUCAUUGAACAACAUACCUGGUUAUGAAGGUCUCGGAGGGAUGGCUGGUCAAAUGCCGGGAGCAAUGAUGAGUAUGACAGUCAAACGUUUCGUAGAAGAAGGAGGCUAUGGACAUCCUUCCAUGUUCGGAGGGUUUACUCCCUCAGGACCAAUGGGGACUGCACCGGGCACUGUUCCGGUAGGCACUCCACAGAGCACUGGCCCACAUGCUGGAGGACCAGGCGGCGCCGCCACUGGCAAUACUACUGGUGCCGGAGGGUCAGCACUUAAUGGAAUGAAUUCUUCCUCAUCCGCUGCCAUGACAGGAUCUACAACAUCGGGGAUCCCAACCAUGUAUGCUCAAUCACAGAUGCCAAAUCCAUUUGGUAUGGGUAGUAUGGGCGGUAUGAGUGGAAUUACUCACGGACCACAGUCUAUGAUGAGCCAAACGAUGAGUGGGAACGCACCAGGGUUCGGCCAAAAUAUCGAUGCAAGCCUGGCUCGCAAGCGAUCUGUGACCUUUGCAGGCGAAGUUCAUCACCACAUGCGUUCGCAGUCAUUAUCAGCCAUGCCAACAACAAGCUCAAUGGGUACACUCGGAGGAAUGCCUGUGCUUGGAGGGAUGAAUAGUACAGAUGCAUUUGGACAGCAACAGCAGUUCCAACAGCAGCAACAGCAACAGCAACAGCAGCAUCAUUCCCAGGCUAUGGGCUUCCAGAGUGUACAUCCAUACCCAUUUGGACAACCACAGCAAUCACAGAUGAAUUUCCAGCAUCACGCAGCAGCAUCUGUUCAUCCAUUCGGGGGUGGUAACCCAUAUGGACAUCAGACUUUUGUUCCUCAGCAACACGCGCUUGGCACCGGCGUCGGCGUUGGAGCAGACACGGGGGGUACUGGUUCUAGCACAGGCAUACACCCUAAUGGCAACAUCCGGCGGACCAACUCUCUCUCUCACAUCUCUCAAACCCAGACUACUAUCACCGAACAACGCCUUUCAGCAGGACGUCCAAGAAAUGAAAGCUCGGCAUCAAUUAGGACUAUGGAUAAUAAUGAUGACAGUGAUGACGAAUCUGAUGAUGACUAUGAUAAUCAUCCGUUGAUAGGAAUGGCCAGUCGACCGGGAUCAGCUCUCAGCAUCCAUAAUAAUAUCGGUGGCAAUAAUGAGACGGCACUAGCGGUUGACUUUUCAGAUAUGGCAUCUGUCUCGGGCGGAAGUGGAGGACAUCAUCAUCAUAAUGGCCACCAUGCCAAUGAUACUUCAUCAGGAAAUAAUAAAUCGUCCUCUACCACAACUACGACCACCACAACCAUCAAAACACAUCGGUCCACAUCCUCGACAUCAUCGCUUGCCGGCAUUAUUGGAGGAGGUUCGAAUGCAGGAUCUGAUUAUAAACGUAAACGAAAACGUCGAGAGAUGCAGCCCGUCAAUAAGAUUGUGGAUUCACUCGAACCUCAUGUUGAUCCUUAUCUAUGGAAAAACAAUGGUAAUACGACACAGAAGAAGACUGGAUGCAAGAGUAUCUAUUACAAGUGCUCAAAUAGUACUGCAGGAUGCACGGUUAACAAAACGGUGACGGAAAAGGAAGGCGGCGGGUUUGUGACUAAAUACCGAGGUGAACAUCUUGAGGAUUGUAUUAAACUCAAGAAGGCUCAACUCGCAGCCCAAGCAGCACAAGUAGCACAGGCGGCUGCUCAGAAUGGACACCACUCCUUCAAAAAAGAACAAUAA